AUGUUGGGCUUCGCCUUCGUCUGCACCACCUUCGUGCUCGUGCCCCUCCUCAAGGCCAUCCGCUACACUCCUGGCAUCGAGUCUGGCGCCAACCACCUCCUCAGGUGGACGUUCAUCGCGUGGUUCUACGCGCUGGUCUUCUUCGAGAAGCUGCUGCGAUGGAUUCUCAAGCACUUCGUGGGGCACCACAAGGACACCAGCCGCCCCUACUCCCUCGUCAACGAGCACACCUACAACGAAAGCCAACGUGCGACCGAGGCCGAGCAGGAGCGCGAAGAGCAGGACCAGAAGGACAUCAUCAACCAGGACCAUGAGUUCAGCAACUUCGAGUACUCUCACGCCAAGGCCUACUCCCUGGCGCUGGCGGCGAAGAUGGCCUACGAGAACUCGGACAUCAUCAAGUGCGAGGUGAAGAAGUGGGGCUUCACGCAGUGCCGCGUGGUGCGGUAUCAGAACAGCAAAGCCUACAUCGCCUCCAACGAUGAAAUGGUCCUCCUCGUGUUUUGUGGGACGCACCCGCUCAACCUGAGGAACUACAUCACCGACCUCCAGGCCCAUCUCGUCAACGCCGGACCCCUCGGAUAUGUACAUAGCGGGUUCCUCGAGGCGCUGGGCCUGCGGCACGUCGAUGAGGAGGAGGAAGAGGAGGCCGAGCGACAGUACAGGCAGGAGUGGCAGAGGUCGCACCAGCUCAACAAGCACGCGCCCUCUUCACCGUCCUCUUCAUCGUCGUCGUCGUCUUUCUCUUUCUCUUCAUCGUCUUCCUCUUCGCGCGGGCGCAACUUGAAGCUGUCGCUCAUGCGCGGCCGGCGCCGGGCGUCGCUCACGCUGCCGGUGGUCAUGCGGCGAGAUAACGGAUAUCGCUGCUCACCGGCCAAGCUGCUGCGAGCGCUGCCCACCCUGCCCAACAACCUCUGGUCCCUCAUGCGCUUCGUCGUCCUCUGGCACCGACGCCAGCUUCUCCGCGUCACCGGGCUACACGACUAUCACGAGAAGCUGACGACGUCGUCGUACAACGCGCCGAUGUACCAUCAAGUGAUCAAAAUUUUGGACGAACUGGGCGUGCUCCAGGCCUACCCGUUCGCCUCUUCGACGCCCACCCGCGCCAAGAGGCAACCGCCGAAGCGAAAGUUGUGGGUGGCGGGACACAGCCUGGGCGGCGCGCUGGCAAAUCUGUUCAGCGCGCAGAUGGUCAACGACUACCCCGGUUCCGAGGACGCCAUCGGCGGCGUCUACACGUUUGGCCAGCCGCGCGUCGGUGAUCUGCAAUACGCACAGUUUGUGAACGAGAAGAUGGGCCAACGCUUCUUCCGCUUCGUCAACGGAAACGAUCUCAUCCCUCGUCUCCCUCUCGGCAUCCCCUCCUGGCUCAUCCGGCGGCUGCUGAAGCGGGCGAAGAAGGAGAAGGACGGCACGCUCAUCGACGUGCCCGACAUCAAGUCGAUCCGCAACAGUCUGGUGUGCUACCUGGCGGGUGUGGCGACCAACCACGAGACGUCCUACAAGCACGCCGGACAGCUCAAGUACAUCGACUACGGCGGCAACAUCAUCGAGCCCGACAAGCUCCAACACGUCAUGUACCUCCACCUCCUCGGCCUCUGCAAACUUCGAAUAUUCAAGCACCUGCAGCGGGAUACGUGGCUUCGGCUUGUGUUCCGCAUGGUGCUGCCCUUCUUCAUGAACGAUCACCUCAUAUGUGACUACGCGCGCGCGAUCAAGGACCGGAUGGAGGAGGACCGGCUUGAGGCCGAGGAGGCGCAGAAGCGCGUGGAGGUCGCCUUGGUCAUGGAGGAGGGGCGGGCCUCGGCCAUGCGCGGCUGGUUCGAGACCCUCCGACCGACGCCGGCCGCCACCGCCAAUCAAAAGAACGAAGACGGCAAAGCACAGAACGAAAACGAAAACGAACACGACGCUAGCAAUGAAGAGGUAUCGACACGCGAGCAAGACCUCCGCGACGAUGGGACGCCGAAGCUGACGACCGACGCCGUCCUGGCGGUGGUGGACGCCGCGGCCUCCGGCAGCCUCGCGAAGACACGAAGGAGCGAGGGCGGAGGAGGGCUCACCCGGCGGCGACGAUGGAGCACUUCCCAGUUGUGA